CCACCGUCCUCCACUGUCUCAAAGGAAUCUGAUCGUACAAUCACCAUAUCCACCCAUAGAUCUUACCCUACCCCACUGUUCUUUCCCCUCCCUUUUAUCUCUCUUUCAAUCCUUUGUCUUUCAAUCAAAAUUUUCUUUCUUACACCUUCAAAAAAAGAACAAGACAUGUUAAGAUCUGAAGAACUCCCAGAUUGUUUCUAUUACCAAAACAAACCAACCUUAAUCACCCCAAACACUUCAACCCCAAACCAUUCUUUGUAUCUUUCCAACUUAGAUGAUCAAAAGUUCCUUAGAUUCUCCAUUAAAUACCUUUACCUUUUUGAAAAAGCUGUUGCUAUAGAUAUCUUGAAAUAUUCACUUUCUAAGGUUCUGGCUGAUUAUUACCCUUUGGCCGGAAGGUUAAGACCUUGCGGCGGCGCUGGUGAUGAUGAUAAGCUCGUCGUUGAUUGUAAUGGUGAAGGUGCUGUGUUUGCAGAAGGCUUUAUGGAUAUUAGUUGUGAAGAGUUUCUCCAAAUUUCUCGGAAACCAAACAGCUCUUGGAGGAAAUUACUAUAUAGAGUUGAAGCUCACUCGUUCAUUGAGAUCCCUCCUCUUGUUGUUCAGGUAACGAAUCUCCGUUGUGGGGGUAUGAUCCUCUGCACCGCGAUAAAUCAUUGCAUAUGUGACGGCAUAGGCACAUCUCAGUUCUUACACGCGUGGGCGCACGUGAUCACCAAACCAACACUCGAUUUACGCAUUUUACCCUUCCACUCUCGCCACGUGUUGAAACCCCGAGAUCCACCACAAGUUACCCACACUCACCUAGGAUAUACCAAAACUACCUUCAAAGACAACAACAUCCACGUGGACAUCAACCAAUAUUUACAAUCACAAGCACUAGUUCCAACCUCCUUCACCUUCACCUCCGCUCAUAUCCUCCGCCUUAAAAGGCGGUGCAUCCCAUCAUUGAAAUGCACCACCUUCGAGGCAUUAGCCUCGCACACGUGGCGGUCAUGGGUUCGUUCCUUGGAUUUGUCGACCACAUUUAAAGUCAAGCUCUUGUUUUCCGUCAACGUUAGGAAAAAGUUAAUCCCAGAAAUACCUCAAGGGUAUUACGGGAACGGAUUUGUCUUGGCUUGUACGGAAACCGCGGUAAAAGAUUUAGUUACUUCGAACUUACACCAUGGUAUAAAGUUAAUCCAACAAGCUAAAUCAAGUUUAACCGAUGGGCAUGUACGGUCAAUGAUUGAUUUACUGGAGGACAAAAAUGUCAAAACAGAUACUUGUUCAAGCUUGGUAAUUUCUCAAUGGGCUAAAUUGGGGUUAGAAGAUUUGGAUUUUGGACAAGGUAAGCCAUUACAUAUGGGUCCUUUAACAAGUGAUAUUUACUGUUUGUUUUUACCGGUGGUGGGUAAUUUUGAUGCAGUAAAAGUUCAAGUUUCCGUACCUGAAUGUGUAGUUGAAAAAUUCGAGUAUUACAUGAUGGAUGGUUUGGAUGAAGAAGAAAAUGGAGAGCAAAAUGGUUUUAUUUGAAUAUGCUACUUCAAACUUUUUUCUUUUUUUUAUCAUUUUAACCCUCCACACAAAAUUUUACUGUAAUUUAAGUAUAUCUGAAAGUGAAUAUCUGACUGUUUUUUCUUUUCUCUAUAUAUUUUGUAAAAUAAUAAUAAAUCGAGUUGGUGUUAUAUCA